AACGCACUCCAUUCCUUUUUUUUCUGAAUUCGUAACGCAAGAAAGAGACGAACUAGAUAAAAAGAAAACGAUAAAAGGUAUUGUUGACCAGCAGAAACAUAAGAUACUAACAAUAGUAGCCAAUGCUAGAACGAGACGACUGUAUGACAAUCCACAAAAACGCGUCACACUAAAGACAGAGAGAGGUGAAGUAUAAACAAAUGUUGACAACAACAGGUGGAGACGACUGAAUACACUCACACACAGUACAACUUCGAUUUGAUUGUCGGCAAAAAAAACACAACAAAUUAUUGAUGUUCAUUGAUUGUGUGCCUAUUAUUUGUUCAUUUUAUCUUAAUUUGGUGUAACUAAUUGUAAUGCAUUUGGAAAUGGUUGUUUGCAUUCGAUAAUCAAUAAUUAUCAAGUAUGAUGCAUUGGUAUUAUAAGUUGCUAGCAUUGCAUCCGCGAUGGGUGGCUUUCGUUGUGCUCAUUUUGUCAAGUGUUUGUAUUUUCAUCGCAGUGACAUUUAAAGAAUUGCCGGAUUUCACUGACCCCGCUCUGGGGUUCGAAUCACGGGGAACGGACAUUUCCAACCGAUUAACUGCAUGGCACAAUUUAUUGGAAGAAACCAGACCCAGUGGACGUCUAACAUCCAAUUUUUACGAUCAAAUCGUGUAUCGAGAGAAUUUUGCCAGACCUACAAAAAGACCGAAACAUGGCGACGGCCACCAUAAAAAACGAAAAAUGGCAAAGUCUCUUGCCGGUAAAAAUGUGACUACGUCAGGCAGUGCAAAUGUUUUGGACGAACUGAGUGUUAAUGAAGAAAGCAGUGAUCGGCCGAUGAAAAAAGGCGGUAAAAAUAAGCGCAAGAAGAUGGAACGUCCAAAUGAUGUGUAUUUUUGUGAUGCACCAAAUCGUGAAUACACUCAUAUGGUGCUGGUGAGAUCCAAUGGGAACGCAUCACUUCUCGAAAUGGAUGCCUUGCGUGCAGUGUGUGAUUUAGAGUCAAAACUGACAACAGUUGGCAGUUACAAAGGAUUUUGUCAAAUGAAAACGUACUCCAAAGAAUGUUGCCGGCCCUGGUCUAUACCAAACUACAUCGCAUUUCUGGCAAACAAAACAAGUUGCUCUGACAUCCAGGAGAACGACCUACUCGAAAUGAGUCAACUACUAAGAGACUGCUACAAGUACUAUCUAAAUGGAAGUCUCCGAAGUGACUGUGAGAAUUCCAAGUGUUUGGUUCCUGUGAAAUGUGCACAAUCUAAUGCUGCCUAUCAGAUUUUACACUUUUUGACUGAUAAUAAAUUCAAUGAAACCAAUCCACUAUUUUCAACGAUGAUUUUUUUACCAAUGGCCAAAACUACCAAAAUACUGCCAUACUAUUACGAUAUUCUAUCGGUGAUUCAUGAUAAUGACGUCCUUUCGGUGGCUGCAAUCAAUAUGGGACUAAAGAAUUCAUUAUUCGAUGAACUGUUGUUCUAUGAUGGCUGGUUGAUUGCCUUGGGUGCUAUGUGUAUCCUAUACUGUAUUUUAAUAUACACAAACUCAAUUCUGAUAACACUUUCGACGGUCGUGGCAAACAUUCUGUCGAUCGGCGUUGCUUACUUCAUAUAUCAAGUUGUACUGCAGCUCCCGUACUUUCCGUUUAUGAAUCUGUUGGCCAUUAUCAUAAUCGUUGGUAUCGGAGCCGAUGAUUGCUUUGUAUAUAUGAAAGAAUGGCGUUUAUCUGCCGACGAAUGGGAAAUGGUUACCUCAAAACAUUUACCGAAACGAAAAUCAAAAAAGUUGAUAUUUUUAGUGUCAAAUACCAUGGAACAUGCGGCCAAAUCUAUAUUUGUAACUUCUUUAACUACAGCACACGCAUUUUUAGCUUCGUAUUCGAGUUCAAUUACGGCCAUUCGAUGCUUUGGGUUAUACGCAGCAAUUGUAAUAAUGGUGAACUAUGUCCUUAUGGUGACCUGGCUACCAGCCACUGUCAUCAUUGUUGAAGAACUGAAUCUGAAACUAUGCAAAUGCUGGCAGUCUUACGUCGAUGCCAUAAAUGUUCUAAUCGAACGGUUCGGUAAUUCAAUGGAAGCAGCUAUCAUUCGUUUGGUGAAGGAGUACAAAUAUGUGUUUCUCGUUAUCUUUUUUAUAAUUGGAAUAUCCAGUGGUUUUAUUGUACUAUAUUACCCAAAGUUGGGACUGCCCGAUUCGCAAACAUUUCAAUUGUUGGAUAGCGAACAUCUUUUUGAAUUGUAUGAUAGCAAAUACCGUCAUUUGUAUCGCUUUGAAAGAAGUUUUACGGAAGCUGAAACAUUUAAAAUGCCGAUUCGAUUUGUAUUCGGUGUAGAGGCAGUUGAUGACGGCAAUCAUUUGAUACCAUCGUCCAAGGGGACGUUACAUUUGGGGAAAAGUCUAAAUUUAUCCUCAGCAGAGACACAACUAUGGUUGCUGGACUUUUGUAAGAAACUAAAACAACAAAGUUUCUAUCAGCCAAAUAAUAUGCCGGCCAUUCUUCCAAGCUGCUUCAUCGAGAAUUUGAUUGAUAAUAUGAACAAACGUUGUUUUGACCCCAUGACAAAUUCUAGUCGGAUGCCGUGUUGUGAGGAGGAAAAGUUCCCAUACAAACCUGAAGUGUUUGAAAAAUGUUUACCCGAGAUGAUAUCGUCGCUGUAUAGCUCACCACGGUACAUUUUUGUGCCCGGUGUGUCGGGUCCUAAGUUUGAGAGAAAAUCAUCGUUCGAUUCGAAUGAAACUCAAAAUCGUGCAUCAAUCCGAGCUCUGGUCAUGGAAUACGAAAGCACGCAACCGUUUAGUACAUCAUACACGGAGAUGUCGAAUUUUUCAGCUAACAUUGAUAACUGGUUUAAUGAUAUGCUGAAAAAUGCGCCUGAAGCACUGAAAAACGGUUGGUUCACGAGCGAACUCGGCUUCUAUGAUUUACAAGGGACAUUAUCGUCUGGAACGCUAAUUGCUGCAACCAUCGCAAUGAUUUCAUCAUUAAUUGCGUUGCUAUUAUUUACGAUGAAUGUGCUUGUCAGUUUGUAUGCCGUUUUGACCGUGAUAUUCACAAUUUUGUCUACCAUGGCCGUUUUGGUGCUACUCGAAUGGAAGCUAAACAUAUUGGAGAGCAUAGCAGUGAAUACGGCAAUUGGGCUUGGCAUUGACUUUGUGUUACAUUACGCAUUGAACUACCAGAUGAGUGAAAAAAAGGAUCGACAGUCAGCCACUGAAUAUUCGUUGUCACAUAUGAUUGGGCCAACGCUGAUGGCUGCGUUUACAACAAUUAUCGCUGGUCUGUGCAUCGUAUUUUCAAGCGUGCUCGCUUACAUACAAAUCGGCAUAUUUCUACUCAUCGUGAUGACGGUCAGCUGGUUUUACGCGACAUUCUUUUUUUGUACACUCUUGUACACCAUCGGCCCGAUCGGAGGAGAAAAACAAACCAGCGAUCGCACCAAUCCAAAUGAUGUUCAAGCAAUGCAACAACUUAACAAUAUGGUUAAACAAAACGCACGAAAACCCACUCAUUUGAAUAAGACUGAAACCGAUACUUUGACUUAAGCUGUUUGGCAUAACGAUAAAAUCGAAAUAUCCUUUUAGUGUGAUAACAACAUAGACUAAUAAGAUGGUGGUGUUCUUCAUAUUUUUUUUUCAAAACAAAAAUAUAAUUCGUUUUAUUUUAAUACAUGACAAUAAAAUAUUUACAUCAAGAACAAUUAGUAAUUGAAA